AUGGACCCCUCUAUGGAUGUAUUCGAUGAGAAUAGUGAUGAUUUAACAGUGGCUAGCCGCGAUGUUCAGUUAUUGACUGAAUCUCGUUAUAAAGAUGGAUUUCGUCAUGGUUGUGAUUUAACAGAACAAGAUGGUUAUGAUGAUGGAUUUUUAUACGGAUAUAGUUUAAUUGGACAAUUGAUAUUUGAUUAUACGUAUUUAAAAGACAAAUUGAAAUUGUUUGAAAACAUAAAUACGAAUGAAAUAUUGUUAGAACUUGAACAAUUUGAAAAUGAAAUGAAAACAACGAUUGAUUCUCUAUCUCAAAAUGUCAAUGAACAACGGAGUGAAUAUGAACUAUUAAUUAAAAACUUAAAUACGAAACUGAAUACACUACAGCUUAAAAUUGAAAUGAAGUUCAUGACAAUUUAA